AUGAAAAAGUUAUUACUUGUACUUGGUGAUUCUACAUUUAUGGGAAAGGAAUUAAUACAAGAUCUUUCUUAAAAUGAGUCUUAUGAAGUUCAUUAUAUAAAUAGAGGAAAAAAUUAUUAGAAUAAUGCAUAAUACAUUUGGUAAUCGAGAAGACACAAAUGUAUUUACUACUUUGCUUAGAUAUUAAUUAUUUUAAUCAUGUAUAAAUUUUAGUUUGAUUAAAGAUACACAAAACAUAUGUUCUUUAUUUAAAUAAUAGUAGUUUAAUAUAUUGAUGUUAUAUCAAAAUCAACAUAUUUUAUCAAUAUUUUAUGAUUUACAAAGAAACUUACAAUAUCUCUCAAAAAAAUGAAUGAUGAAGUUAAUAGUAGAAAUUGGGAAGCUGUUAUUAUUUUUUCUGCUUUUUGUAGUAAUUAAGUAAAAUCUGUCUAUGCUGCUUUAAAUGGGUUGUAUAAUUUAUACAUAUUUAUAUCAACUGAUUCAAUCUAUGAUGUUUGCAAGAUAAAAUAAAUUCCAAUAACACAAGAAUAGGAUUAAAGAAAAAAAUUAACAGAAUCAUAAAAGAAAGGAGAGGGUUAAGGACAUGUAAUAAUUAAUUUGAAUAUUUAGAAAAAAUUGAAAUGUGAAAUUUCUAUAAAAUUAUGUAAUUGA